GCACGUGCCAGACGUCACGCGCGCUCCAGCCCGGCAGACGGAAAUGACGCAAGUUGUGCGCGCCGCUAGUAUGGCCGGGCUAUGGCGGCGGGCACAGGCUACGUGCGGCUGUGGGGCGCGGCGCGGUCUUGGGCGCUGCGGCGGCCCAUGCUGGCCGCCGCCGGGGGGCGGGUCCCGGCUGCAGCCGGAGCGUGGUUGCCCAGAGCCCGGCGGGCCUGCGACGCCUCCUCUCCUUGGGCGCUGUGGGGCCGAGGACCGACGACCGCGGGCCAGUGGCGGGGGUUUUGGGAGGCGAACAGCCGCGGCGGCGGUGCAUUUUCGGGGGGCGAGGACGCCUCCGAGGGCGGCUCGGAGGAAGGGGCCGGGGGCGCUGGGGGCAGUGCGGGCGGCGGGGAAGGCCCAGUCAUAACGGCGCUCACGCCCAUGACGAUCCCCGACGUGUUCCCGCACCUGCCUCUCAUCGCCAUCACGCGCAACCCGGUGUUCCCGCGUUUUAUCAAGAUUAUCGAGGUUAAAAAUAAGAAGUUGGCUGAGCUGCUAAGAAGGAAAGUUCGUCUUGCCCAGCCUUAUGUCGGCGUCUUUCUAAAGAAAGAUGACAACAACGAGUCUGACAUCGUGGAAAGCCUGGACGAGAUCUAUCACACAGGGACGUUCGCCCAGAUCCACGAGAUGCAGGACCUCGGAGACAAGUUGCGCAUGAUCGUCAUGGGACAUAGAAGGAUUCACAUCAGCAGACAGCUGGAAGUGGAGCCGGAGGAGGAGGAGGAGGUUGAGAGUAAACAGAAGCCCCGGAGGAAGGCGAAGCGCGGCAAGAAGGAGGCGGAGGAGGACCUGAGCGCCAGGCGCCAGCUGGAGGCAGCGGUGGAGCCUGCCUCUGACUCCCCCAGCGAGGUGCUCAUGGUGGAAGUCGAGAACGUCAUCCACGAGGACUUCCAGGUGACGGAGGAAGUGAAAGCCCUGACCGCCGAGAUCGUGAAGACCAUCCGGGACAUCAUCGCCUUGAACCCUCUCUACAGGGAGUCCGUGCUGCAGAUGAUGCAGGCUGGCCAGCGGGUGGUGGACAACCCCAUCUACCUGAGCGACAUGGGUGCCGCGCUGACGGGGGCCGAGUCCCACGAGCUGCAGGACGUCCUGGAGGAGACCAACAUCCCCAAGCGGCUGUAUAAGGCCCUGUCCCUGCUGAAAAAGGAGUUCGAGCUGAGCAAGCUGCAGCAGCGCCUGGGGCGGGAGGUGGAGGAGAAGAUCAAGCAGACGCACCGCAGGUACCUGCUGCAGGAGCAGCUGAAGAUCAUCAAGAAGGAGCUGGGCCUGGAGAAGGAGGACAAGGAUGCCAUCGAGGAGAAGUUCCGCGAGCGGCUCAAGGAGCUGGUGGUGCCCAAGCACGUGAUGGACGUGGUGGACGAGGAGCUGAGCAAGCUGGGCCUGCUGGACAACCACUCCUCGGAGUUCAACGUCACCCGCAACUACCUGGACUGGCUCACGUCCAUCCCGUGGGGCAAGUACAGCGACGAGAACCUGGACCUGGCGCGGGCGCAGGCGGUGCUGGAGGAGGACCACUACGGCAUGGAGGACGUCAAGAAGCGCAUCCUGGAGUUCAUCGCCGUCAGCCAGCUCCGGGGCUCCACCCAGGGCAAGAUCCUCUGCUUCUAUGGCCCCCCCGGCGUGGGCAAGACCAGCAUUGCCCGCUCCAUCGCCCGCGCCCUGAACCGCGAGUACUUCCGCUUCAGCGUCGGGGGCAUGACUGAUGUGGCCGAGAUCAAGGGACACAGGCGGACCUACGUGGGGGCCAUGCCCGGCAAGAUCAUCCAGUGCCUGAAGAAGACGAAGACGGAGAACCCCCUCGUCCUCAUAGACGAGGUGGACAAGAUCGGCCGUGGCUUCCAAGGGGACCCGUCCUCGGCACUGUUGGAGCUGCUGGACCCCGAGCAGAACGCCAACUUCCUGGACCACUACCUGGACGUGCCUGUGGACUUGUCCAAGGUGCUGUUCAUCUGCACGGCCAACGUCACCGAGACCAUCCCUGAGCCGCUGCGGGACCGGAUGGAGAUGAUCAACGUGUCUGGCUACGUGGCCCAGGAGAAGCUGGCCAUCGCGGAGCGCUACCUGGUGCCCCAGGCCCGCGCCCUGUGCGGCCUGGACGAGAGCAAGGCCAGGCUGUCGUCGGACGUGCUGACCCUGCUCAUCAAGCAGUACUGCCGGGAGAGCGGCGUCCGCAACCUGCAGAAGCAGGUGGAGAAGGUGUUGCGGAAGUCGGCCUACAAGAUCGUCAGCGGCGAGGCCGAGUCCGUGGAGGUGACGCCCGAGAACCUGCAGGACUUCGUGGGGAAGCCCGUCUUCACGGUGGAGCGCAUGUACGACGUGACGCCGCCCGGCGUGGUCAUGGGGCUGGCCUGGACCGCCAUGGGAGGCUCCACAUUGUUUGUGGAGACGUCUCCAAGGCGGCCACGGGACAGAGACCCCAAAGGCGACAAGGACGGCAGCCUGGAGGUGACCGGCCAGCUGGGGGAGGUGAUGAAGGAGAGCGCCCGCAUCGCCUACACCUUCGCCAGGGCCUUCCUGAUGCAGCACGACCCGUCCAACGAGUACCUGGUGACCUCACACAUCCACCUGCACGUGCCUGAGGGCGCCACCCCCAAGGACGGCCCGAGUGCUGGCUGCACCAUUGUCACGGCCCUGCUGUCGCUGGCCAUGGACCGGCCCGUCCGGCAGAACCUGGCCAUGACUGGUGAGGUCUCCCUCACGGGCAAGAUCCUGCCAGUCGGUGGCAUCAAGGAGAAGACCAUCGCGGCCAAACGCGCUGGAGUGACGUGCAUCGUCCUGCCAGCGGAGAACAAGAAGGACUUCUACGACCUGGCGGCCUUCAUCACCGAGGGCCUGGAGGUGCACUUCGUGGAGCACUACCGCGAGAUCUUCGACAUCGCCUUCCCGGAGGAGCAGGCCGAGGCCCUGGCCGUGGAGCGGUGACUGCGGCCCCAGGACUGCUGUUGGCAAUGACAGGCCCAGCCUGGGACACACGUGUGAGGCAGGGGCGCGCAGGCCUGGCAGCUGAGCCACCAGAGGCUCAGCCCGGUGGCCUGGGUUCAGCCAAGGGACCUCAAUGACGGCUUAAUCGGAGUCUGCACCUGUGCGCUAUUUAAUUACGAUUAAAG